AUGCCUUCCAAGGUUCCCGAGGCCGUCUUCCCUCCCCUGGAGCUCCGCGAGAUUGUCUAUGAAGUCGUCGACCUCCUCAAGGAUAGAGGAGAGACCAUCUCUUGCGGUGAGACGGCGGCAGGUGGUUUGAUCUCGGCAGCGAUCCUGUCGGUGCCCGGUGCGAGCGCAGUGUACAAAGGCGGCCUUACGCUCUACACUCUCGAGUCUCGCCUCACGUACGGUGGCUGGACCCAGGAACAGAUUGAUACUUUUACGGGCCCGUCGAUUCACUGCGUGCUCGGACUCGCCGAGCAUGUGCGGGCGCAGCUGGGCUCGACCUACACCGUGGCCGAGAGUGGGUCGGCCGGCCCUUCGAAUUGGGGCAAGACUGAUAACAUGAAGGCGGGCUACGUCGCGCUGGCGGUCGCUUCCCAAUCGGGCUGCGUCGAGCGCGAGAUCGAGACGGGGCUGGUGGACCGCGACGCCAACAUGGUCAGGUUCGCGGUCGAGGCAUUACGGCUGGUCAAGGACGUGAUAGCGGCGGACAUGGCCCGGUUCUCGGGGUGGUUGAACUGCUGA